AUGGGUGUAUUUGAACAAAUUUUCCGUCCCGGAAACGAGGGUCGCCAGAAGCAGGUGAACGACCUUAUUACCGACAUAAUCUCGGACCUCAAAUACAUUGCCAAUGCGUCCAAUGGCAUCAUCGACUCAUUCAACAAAAUGCUCGGCUCGUCUGUCGCGCAUGUUGCCUACAAUUCAAAGGACCCCAAACAACUCAUCCGGGAUGUGAGCGACAGGUACGAGGAGAUCGAGAAGCUGGCACGGGCCAAAUACGACGAUCUCGACGCGGUCGACAAGCCAACCCUCGACGAAGUGAUUAGAAAAUGGGAGGGCAAGAUGUCGCCGGAUGAUGUGGACCAACUGAUGGGUAGUCUGAAGAACAAAGGGUUUGCUUCUGAGGCUGCGUCCAUUGCAGCCAGUCUUGCUGUCUUUGUAGUUGUCACGCCCCUUUUGAAGAUCGCGUUCAGAGCUUUCGUCGCUAACAUCACGGGGGUCGUCCUUGGAGCGCUUGCGGGGCUUGCUGUUGCUGCUAUUGUUGAUGCCAUUGCGGCGGAGCAGAACUAUCAUAAGCUUGAGGAGGCAAUAGCGGACUUAACGACGACGAAGACGCUGUUGGCCGAGUAUAGGGACAAAGUAGUCAAUUCUGCUGAUGACCUGAAGCUCUCCGUAGCUUUGGCUCAGAGGUUUGCAAAGAAGAAUCGCAAUUGA